AUGGCCGCCAACAAUUUUCUCGAUCGUCUCGUGGGCCUUGCAAUGCUCAUAAUCGCUUCGACCGUCUUUCUCUACUACACUGUCUGGACACUUUUGAUGCCCUUCGUCGAUGACUCGCACCCCGUCCAACACCUCUUUCCCCCGCGCGUCUGGGCGAUUCGAAUUCCAGUCAUCCUCCUACUCCUUGGCGGCGCGGUCGUUGGCAGCUUCCUCAGCAUUGUCAUGAUACGGAGCAACCGCAAGAAGGCACUUAAGGCGAAGCAAAAGGCUCAGGCGCAAAAGGCGAAAUAG